CUCACACUGGACACAAAGCACAUGAGUAUCAGAAACAUGGAGAGAAGCCACAUGAACAUAAGGAACAUGGGAAAGCCUUCCAUUAUCACCAAUGUUUGCAGAAGCAUGAAAGAACUCACACAGCAGAGAAUCUCCAUGUGUGUAAACAAUGUGGAAAAGGCUUUAGUACAUCUAGAUACAUGAAAACACAUGAACGAAUUCACAGUGGACACAAACCCCAUGUAUGUAAGCAAUGUGGAAAAGGCUUUAGGUUUUCCAGCUACAUUAGAAUCCAUGAACAAAUUCACAGUGGAGAGAAACCUUAUAAAUGCAAGCAUUGUGAGAAAGCCUUUUUUUUUCCCAGUUCCCUUCAACAGCAUGAACGUAUUCACACUGGAGAAAACCCUAUGUAUGUAAGCACUGUGGACAAAGCUUUAUGCAUUCUUCCUCCCUUAGAAGACAUGAACGAAUUCACAGUGGAGAAAAACCCUAUGUAUGUAAGCAAUGUGGAAAAGACUUUCCUUUUUCCAGAGACCUUCAAAAGCAUGAACAAGUUCACAUUGGAAAUAAUCCCUAUGCAUGUAAGCAAUGUGGGAAAGCCUUUCCUAUUCUCAGUUACCUUCUGAACAUGAACGAAUUCAUAGUUGGAAGAAAACCCAUGUGUGUAAGCAUUGUGGGAAAGCCUUCCUUUUUCUCAGUUUCUUUCCCAAACAUGAACGAACUCACACUGGAGAGAAACCUUAUGUAUGUAAGCAAUGUGGAAAAGCCUUUAGAUCUUCCACUUAAAUUAAAAUCCAUGAACAAAUCCACAGUGGAGAGAAACCUUAUAAGUGCAAACAAUGUGGGAAAGCCUUUUGUUUUCCCAGUUGCCUUCCAAUGCAUGAACAAAUUCACAGUGGGAAAAAACCCUGAGUAUGUAAGCAAUGUGGAAAAGGCUUUAAUUCUUCUAGUGAAAUUAGAAUACAUGAACAAAUUCAUAGUGGGGAGAAACCCUAUGUGUUUAAGACAGGUGGAAAAGCCUUUCAUUCUUCCAGCUCCACUAGAAGACAUGAACGAAUUCACAGUGGAGAGAAACCCUAUAUAUGUAUGCAAUGUGGAAAAGGCUUUAGUUCUUCUAGUGACAUUAAAAGACAUGAAAGAAUUCAUAGUGGAGAAAAACCCUAUGUGUGUAAGCAAUGUGGAAAAGCCUUUAAUUCCCCCACCAACCUUAAAAAACAUGAACGAAUUCACAGUGAAGAGAAACCCUAUACAUGUAAACAAUGUGGGAAAGCUUUCCGUCAUUCCGAUUCAAUCAGAAAACAUGAAAAAACUCAGCACUACAGAAAACCCCUAUGUAUGUAAGCAAUGGGGAAAAGCCUAUAGUGAUCCCAGUCUCCUCAGACAUAAAAGAAUUCACAGUGACAUGAAAACAUGCAUGUGAGCAGUGUGUGCAAGCCUCCAGUCAUUCGUCCACCCUUAGAAUACAGGAAGGAAUGCACGCUGGAGAGGAACCCUGUGUGUGUGUAAAGAAAGCAGCGAAGCCUUCACUCCAUCUAGUUACCUUCUCAAACAGCAAGGAACUCACAAGUGAGAAACUCCAUAAGUGUGAGCAAUGUGAGAAGCCCUUUCUUCUCAGAUUCUUUCCACGGCAUGGAAGAACAUACCGAACAGAAACCCUGAAUACAGAAAAUCGGAAUUCUUUAUUAUUGCAUGAAUUGGCUAGCACACAUGAGCAAGCAGGUGCAUUAACUUGUAUUGUUGCAAAGGACAUGGGUAUACUUGUUGCCGUGUUGCUUCAGUGUACCCAUGUGGAGUAUCAUCCUUCCAGUCUGGAUUGAAACCCGUAAUAGAAGAGAUGUGCUGUGUUGUUUAUUUGGUUCAUAUGUAGGAAAUCACUCUGGAUUAAAACCCUGUGACUGAGAAAAAUUCUAGAAGAGGGGUGUCAGUUGUAACAUAGUUUCAGAGGCCUUUAAAAUUCCUCAUGUAGCAGAAUCCUAUACUGGAAAUUGCUAUCUGUGAAGAGCUUGGUGCAAAAUAAUUUGGUUAGAAGACUGGAGAAAUUGUGUUCCCUGGAGGAGAUUUCCCAAACUUCUAUUGCGUGCACCACUAGUUCAUUUUUCAAGUAGAUCUCUGCACGGUGUAUUUCUGAUUUGUGUUCUGGAAAUAAAGAUUGAAGUGACACACUUCUGGGAGUUUUCUCUAGGCUGGACUAUGUGACUUUGAUAGGUAGCAUAUUUUUAAUCAAACCAGGUAGUAAGCCUUCUAACAUUUUGAAGCAUGUUGGAACCAAAGCAAAUUAAUGUGUAUUUCUAAUAUGACAUUAGGUUUAAUUUCUGUGUAGUUUUUAAGUAAUUUUUGGUAGUGGACCACUGAAGAAUUAGGUUUUGGACAUUACUGCAAAUUUCUUCAUGGCCUCACCCAAUGGGGUAUGCAUCCCUUUCUAUUUAUGUAUACAUACAGAGAAAUGUAUAUGUAUACGUGGGUAUGUUUCUUUUCAUGGAUUUUAUAUAUUUCAGUUUGAUGGGAUGUUUUCUGUACUUUUGGUACAUCAUAAUUAUGCAAAAUGGUGAAAUUCAUUUUUACAUAUUUGUAAAUGCCCAUGAUAUAGCAAUAAAUGUAUAUUUUCUU